AUGAAAAAAAUAAAAUGCUAUGGGCGUUUUUUACCAGAAUCGAAAUUAGACAAAAACAGAGAACAGGAAAAACAUUACUUGAGGAAAGAAAAAGUUGUAAGCAAGAUUUACCACGAAAAUGUAUCAAAUUUGAAAAUUUAUAAUGAUAUAUUUAACAAACGAGUAAAGAAUAUAUCUGCGGGUGUGAGUAGCUUACUUAUUAUAAUAAAUAAUGAUGAAAAUGAUUCGGAUAUGUUAACAUUAGGAGGUAAUACAUCCUUAGGAAUUGCUUUUUAUAUUAUUAAUGAUUUAGUAUAUUGUAAGAAGGUGGAUUAUAAAUAUGUUAUUAUGUUUAGCUAUUUUGAAAUAAUAAAAAAUAGGGUUACGGAUAAACUCAAAAAAUAUAUCUUACUUGAAAAUUAUAUGGUUGAUGUUGAUAGGUAUGGGACGAUUUAUGAUCAAAAAAAUUAUGGUAAGGUAAUCACUAAUAAAGGUAAAAUAUUAAACUACAUGAGUUUGAAUUUAGACAUUGCUGGUAAUAAAAAGAACGAGCUAUUACGGAACAACAGUAGCAGCACUAAUGAAAAGGAGGAGUGUAUAAAAGAAGAAUGGAAUACAAUUCUGGCACCUCAAAACUUGGAUGAUUUUAUAAAAACCAAAAAAAUGGACAAGUUCAAAAAGGGUUAUACUAAAAGUAGAAAUAGCUGUGUUUGGAAUGAGGAUGAGGUUAAAAAAAUAUAUUUAAAUCAUAAGAAUAUUAAGCAUGUGUUUGAAUUGCUAUAUAGAGAUAGCAGAAGGGGGAUGAAAAGUAGGAAAAAGGGUAGGAGUAAGACAAAUGAGACGAGCGAAACGAGCGAAGCGAAACAAACGAAUGAAGCAAAGGAGAGAAAAAAGGGAAAAUUCCGCGGAGUAACCUACAAAAUAUUCGCAUUCGACGUACAAUCGAGGAAGGAGUGUCAAAAGGAUGAAGGGAAUAUAAAAAAUGGUUCAAUAAUCAUAGUUAGUGUUAACAAUGUUAAGAAUGCCGAUUCGUUUAGAAGCAAUUUUUUGUACAACUUUUUUGAAUUUUUCUUAAGAGUAAAAGAAAAAAUGCAUUGCAAUAGUAACAACAUAAACACCUGUUUUCAUCAUAACAAAACGAAGUCAGCCAUAGUUAAAUAUUUACAAAAUUAUUUAUGGAAGCAAAGUAUGUCUCCUGAGUGUAUUUCUACCUUGGAUUUCUUUUCUUUUGAAUUGAACUUUUUAUAUAUAUCCAGUAAUAUUAGUAGAUAUAAUAAUGUUAAUAAAUUUAUUUAUGCCUAUUUAAAAUACCUGAACGAGUCAGAAUAUUUCCUUAAAUUAAAUGGUGCGAUGAAAUAUUCAAAAAGUGAGUUUUAUAAAAUAGAGGAAAAUGUCUAUAUGUUUAAAUGUUUAUUAAAUUAUUACAGCAAGUUUAAAUUAUUCGAUAAAGAUAUGAAUUGUAGAAAUGCAAAUAUAAUGAAUAUUUUAGCAAUUUUAAAAUCUUCCAUAAUAUGUAGUUCUGAACUAAGGGAGUCACAUUACGGAUCUACUGAAAAUAAUAUAAAUAAUAUCCUUAAUCUUUGUAGAAGUAUGUCUGGAUCAGACUGUUGUAAUCAAAUAACUAGAAGCUUUUCCACAGAUAUAGAUAGUAAUAGAGGCCUACCUCCAAAUGUAGAAAGAAAAUACUUAAGCAUGAAUAAAACAAAGACACAAGCAAAAAGAAAUAGUAACAAAUUUGGAGAUAUCAAAAAAAUUAGUAUUGAUGAUGUGUCAAAGAAGUAUAUGCAAGAAGAGGAGACAGGAAAAUACAAAAUACAUGUACAUGUACAGGAUACUCAAGAUAAAGUUGAAGAAAAGCUUGUGCACAUGAAUAUAAAAAGCGACAUACAGUGUGAUGACAAGGUUCAUUUAAACGUAAACUUGUUUAGUAAGGAUAAAAGAAGUGAUAUAUACUCUUUCAACCGGUAUGCAACGAAUAAGUAUUACACAGGAAAGUAUGAUAAAAAGAUUAUAAAGAAUCAUGAAUAUAAUCAUAUAUAUAGUGAGGAAGAAAGUAAUAAUGUUAAAUAUGACGAUGUUUUACAAACUAGAUAUAAACAUUCGUUGGAAAAUAAUAAAUCAAGAAGAAAUAAAAAUGAAAAAUGUAAGGAGGAAAAUAUGCACAGAGAGAGUAAAAAGCUCGAUAAAAUUUUUGAUAGUACAAAUGAGAACUUGCUAAAAUGUGCGAUGAAUUUGUUUCUUCAAGACGAGGGGAAAUCAGUACAUGUAUUUUCAAAAAUUGAUGAUCACAAUAUAAAUCCCUUCUGCUUAAAGAAUGCAUUAAGAGAAAACAAUAGGAAGGAGAAAGAGGAAGAAAAAGGGAAAGACAAAAAAAUAGAGAACGAAAAAGGGAAAGAGAAAAAAAAAGAGAAAGAGAAGAAAAUAGAGAACGAAAAAGGGAAAGAGAAAAAAAAAGAGAAAGAGAAGAAAAUAGAGAACGAAAAAGAGAAAGAGAGAGAAAAAAAAAUUUUUGAUAAAAAUAUUAACGUAUGGAAGAACGAUUUAAAAUGUGAACAUGUGUUCAAUGACACUAUGACGGGGAAGAAGGAUUUUGUUAACAGCUAUAUAAGUAAUAAAAAGAGUGGGAAAAAGUUUGUUUUCACUAAUACUCUGGGUAUGGUUUGUUCGCAGAAAUCAGCUAGCUGUUCUGAUGAAAAAGAUGGUAGCUCUGAUAGCGCUCGUAGCGUAGCAAAAUUUCUAAAUAACAUUAAAAAAAAUAGAGAACUUUUGAAAAGCAUUUCUUCAUUAGAUUUAGAUUUAAAAAAAGGAAAGAAGAAAGUGGACAACAGAGCAAAUAUCAUAUUCGAUCAAGUGGAAAAAUGCUUAGGAGAUGAGGAAAAAAAAAACAGUGGUAAAUGUAAAAGGGUUCUUAUAGAGAGAGAGAGGAGCGAGUAUCAGAAUGAAAUUAUAAGAGGUGAAAAUGAAAGGGAAAAGCGAGUGAUAAAGAAGCAGAGGGGAAAAAGGAGUGCGAAGCAAGUAGAACAAUCAAAGGAUUACAUGGAGGAGCAAUAUGAAAAAGAAAAAAAAAGGGAUGUUAAUAAAUUAAAGAAGAAAUUACUUCCAAGUGAAAGAAACAAAAUACACCCAUCGAAUGAAAAAAAAAAUUGCAUUUUGAUUAAUGUUUGCGAUAGGGAAAAAAGUCGUUGCUCAUCUAGUGCAUACAAAUUCGAUGGUGAAGACAUAGGUAUAAAAAAUGGAGAGAAAAACAAAGAAGAUUACAUUUCACAUUUAUCUCUAAAUAGUUAUAAAGAUAAUAAAUUAGAGGAAAAUACGAAUGGAUACAAGGACAUUAUGAAUUCAAAAAGCUGCUUAACUUCUUGCAUUUCAGAUGGAAAAGAGAAGGAUGAAAUUUAUAAAUCAGUCGAGCCAUCGUCACACAUGUACUAUGUACAUAAUUCGUUCAAUGCCUCCAAGGAAAAUUAUAGAAGAAACUACUCCUCUGUGAGUGAAACUAUGCUUAGUAAUGAUGAUUAUUUUAAGGACAAUAAAUCAAAAAAGAAAACUGACAAUUCAAAUUGGAUUACUAACGAAUUACUUGAAGACCGAAAAGAAAAUAGCGACAACAAAGGAAGCUCUUCUCUUUUUAUUAGUAGUUAUCAGAAUGAAGAAGAGAAAAAAAAGCGUCUUUUUUUUUUUCAAAAAGGUGAUUGCGUUACAUGUGAAGGUGGAAAAGGAAUGAACGGAGGCGCUAAGAUUAGUAAGAGUUCACUGGAUUUGAUUCUAUGCAAUAAAAAGGAAGAGGAAUUGGAGGACAAGGAAGUAGAAGUAGAAGUAGAAGAUGUAGAGGUAGAUGUAGAAAUUGUGAAAGAAGAGAGACGUAGAGAGGAAAUGAAUACAAUGGAAGAGGCUGUAGCUUGUAAAAAUUGUAUUAAAUGCGAAUGUGCCAAUAUUACAAAGGAGGGUGAAUCUGAAAAGGGAGGAUUAUCCCUCACUAGUCACGAUUUUUUUCGCGCAAUGAGUGGUAGUGCUAACAAUGGUGUAAUCAGAAAGGGAAAAUAUUUGAAUAAAUCUGAGGAAGAAGCAGAUGAUAAGGAAGAAGUAGAUGAUAAGGAAGAAGCAGAUGAUAAGGAAGAGGCAGAUAAUAGGGAAGACACCUACAUGUACAACUCCCCUGAAAGUGUGUUUUCAUUUUCGUCAAAAAAUAAAAAUUCUUCAAGUAAAAUAAACGACGAUUCUAUUGGCCAAGUUGUAGAGGAAAUUAGGAGCAAUUAUGUACUAGGUAGGGCAAGUGGUAGCACAAUACUUUUAGAAGAACUCGACAAAACAUUGGAUGAGGAAAAGGAAGAGGAAAGGGGGAAAACGAAAGAAUGCAUUCAUAGGAAAAAGGGCAUAAAUAAGGGAACUACCAGUGACUCUAACUCAAAUUAUUCAUUUCCAUGUUGUGAUAGCUGCGAGCUUGACAGCAACAAAAUUAUAACAGAAGAAAUUGAUGAUAGUAUACAAUUUUAUCAUAAUAAUAUUAAGAAAUUAAUAAAAAAUAAUAUAGCAUUGUUGAAAAAAAGGCAUAAAGAAGAUAGGGACGACUUAGAACUUUUGAGGAAGAUAAAAUUUGCAAAGGGUAUUUUAAACGAAUACAAUAAUUUCCUGUAUAAUAAUAGGAGUGAUCAAACAGAUAAGUUUUUAUUAUUACACGAAAUUAUUACAAAAAAUUAUGAACACGUAAAUAGGGGAGAAAUAAAACAAUUAAAAAAAAAGGUACACGAUAAUUAUAAUAAUAAACAUAUAACCACUGGGUUGAACAAAAUUACACCAAAUGAGAAGCUAAGGAAACAUAAUGAUUGUUCUGAGAAUAUAUCUAGAUAUCAAGAACUCGGAAAGAGAAAUAUUAAUGUUGAGAUUAAGGAAGAUGAAAAAGGGGAUGAGAAAAAAACAAUGAAGGGAAAUAAUACUAUAGAUAUGGAAAGAACAAGGAACGAUAUAAAUAUAAAAAGAAAGGUUUCAAAAAAUUUAAAAGAUACAUUUGACAAAGAUGGAAAUUAUGAAGUAAAAAAGGAGAAAGAAAAAUAUGUUCUCAUUUUUGAUGAAGAUAAAAUCGAUUGUGAUGAAUGCAUAGGGGGUAGGAGUACAUGUCCCAAAUGUGAACGCACCUUUUUAAAAAAAAAAAAAAAAAAAAUUCAGAACAGAGGAGCGAUUAAUGAAAUUUGUAGCUUAAACGAUUCAAAGGAUGAAACGAGGGAGUGUAACACCCGCAGCUAUGUAACAGAUUUACCAAAUUGUGCUAUAUCUUUUGAAGAUGAAAAAUGUUAUCCAAAUAUCUGUUAUAAGGAUAUGGAUCAGAAUAAUAACAGUGACUGUUGUAGUUGUGCCACUACUAAUAGGACAGUUAUUGACAAUAAUGUUAAACUUCCUGUUUAUGAAAAUAGAUGCGCCAAUCAGUUUGAUGAAAUACGCGGAAAUUUUAUAAAAAAAGAAAUUCAAAAUAAUUAUUCAUUAUUUGACAAAUGUUAUAGUACAGGGACUUCUACAUCAUCAAAGAAUAAAUAUUCCUCGAAAAAGCUACUAAUUGGAAAGAAAAGAAAAGAAAAUAUAUUAUCUACACAUUGUUAUAAAGAAGUGUGUACACCCGUCGAAUUUUCAAAUAUGGUUGAAGGUGAGAACUGUUCUAGGAAAAUUAGCAGUUGUAAAAAUUAUGAAAGUGCACAUAUUCGAGAUGGAAAAAAAAAAAAUGACUUAUCAUGCAGGGACAGUUUUAAUGCAAUUAAUAAAAAUAUAAUUCAAAGAAAUAGUUGCUUACUAGGCCCUACUCAUGCUUCAUAUUUUGUUGAAGAAAAUAUGGUUCCCCCUUACACUGACAAGGAAAUAAUAAAAGGUAGAAAAGAAACUAAGGCAGUUCAUAAUAUAGAGCGUAUAAUAACAAAAGAAGAAACAACUAAAUAUAAUGACAAGAGAGGAAUGAAAAGUGAGAGAACUUCCCUUAACAGAAAUAUGCAUUUAUAUUCAACUGAUGAUUGUAAAAGUGAGUAUAUAUACAAGAGUGAAAAAGAUGACGAUAAUUUUUUUUUACUUUGUAAAGAGGAUGAAAACAUAGGAAGGUAUAAAAAGGACAUAUUUCGUAAAAUAAAAUUCAAGGAGAGAAUUCUAAAAAAGGCUGUAAAAGAGGAGAAAGAGAAAUUGACUGAAAUUCGACGUAAAAAAGAAAAAUUACAUGCUUUUAUGAGCAAUUCGAUAAAGAAAUAUAAUAACAGGGAAAGGGAGUUUGCUAUGGUGAGAAGCAUGAUUUUAAAAAUAAAAUAUUUAGAGGAAAAGAAACAAAAUAAACUUAAAAAGAUAACGAGUGAACUUUUAAAAAUAGACCCUUUAAAAGAAAGAAUGUUAAGCUUGUGCAUUAGGAAAAACCAUAUGCUUAAAAUAAAAAAAUGUGAAAAAAAGGGGCACACAGAUACUUCUACUUCCUACUACUUGAAUGGCGAACAUGGUAUAAAAGAUAGCAGCAAAAAUGUGUGCAAAGGUUAUCCGUACAAUUUAGACAAAAACAGAUUGGCAAAAAAAAAUGACAAUUUAAAUGCGGAAAAUGAAAUAGAAACAAAUGUGGAAUAUUUUUUUGAAAGGAUGUUACCAGCGAGUCAUAAAAAAAAUAGCGCACAGCCAUUCCGUGAUAGGAGUAGUAACAGUUAUAAUGAAAAAAAAAAAAAAAAAAAAAAAAAAAAAAAAAAUAUAUAUACAUAUGCACAAAAGAAUUGUGGACAAUUUUAUGUCAACUCAAAUUUUAAAAGCAAAUAUAAGUGCAACGCUAAUUAUAAUAUAGGUGACGAAAAUAAGAGGACACAAAAUUCCAUCAUUUUUUCAGACUUGUCUGAAAAUUUUAAAACACAAAAUAAAAGUAAAAAUAAAAAUAAAAAAAAUAAUAAUGAGAGUGAUAAUGAUAUUGAUAACAAUAAAAAUAAUAACAAUAAUAAUAAAAAUAAUAACGAUAAUAAUAAAAAUAAUAACGAUAAUAAUAAAAAUAUUAACAAUAAUGAAAAUAAAAAUAAUUCACCCAUCAGCUGUGGAAAUGUAAAAUCAUUUGCGUCCAUAUUUUCCAAAGCAAAACUAGAUGAAAUUGAUUUAAAUGAAAAAAAUAUAAACAGUUCGGACAUAAUUCUGAAAAGAAAAAAAAUUGCCCAUAAUAUUACAUCACAAGAUAGUUAUAUAAAACGCAACGAGAAAGAAAUAGAUGAAGCCUAUUCACGUGAACAUAAUACAUUAGAAGGAAAAGAAGAGAACAGUACUAUAAAUAACAGUAGUGCACAUAUUAUUAAUAAACAAAAGGAAAAAAAAAAAAUUUUAUUAGCUGCAACUCGGGAAGAGACUUUUAAUACCUCCGAAAAUUUCAUACACAAAAUAAAUAACAGAAAAGAAACUGCUGAUAAUUGUUGUAUGUUACAUCUAAAAAAUUUACAUACUAAAGAAGAGGAAGCAACUAUUUUGGAGCACCUCAAAAGCAGUGAAGCUAGUGAAGAUAUUUUAAAUUCUGACAUUCAUUCGAGGUGUGUAAGUAGCAGGGGUACAUAUAGGACUUGCACUGGCAGUCGAUCGAGCACGUUAGUUAACACACGCAAUAAUAGUAAACAAAAUAAUAAUAUAAAUAAAAGGAUUACAAGUGUUAGUAAGAACCUAUUGAACGCUCCCAUAUAUGAAGAAGGACAAAGUGGAAGAACAAGUAACACUUCAUAUAAUUUUUAUGAUAAAUUUGUUAGGGCCAAACAUAGGAGUGUAAAUAGGGGAAACAAUCAUAAAAAGGUUGAUAAAGACAAUAUCAGUGCCAAUUCGCUAUCAGGGGUUUCAUCCAAUGGUUUUCAUUUCAUUACAUAUAAGAAUCAAAAUAUAUUAGCGAAUGAAGAAAGUGCUGAAGAUACAAAUAAUUUUAAGAUAGGACUGGAUAUACCUUUCCAUGUGCGUGAUAGAACUGACAGAAUAGAGAAAAGGGCACUGAGGCGUGCUGACAGAACUUUCAAGAGUAAAAUUAAUAAUUCUUGUAAAAAAAAAAAAGACUCAAAUAUAAGUCGCAAGGGGAAUUGCAUCCGUAGAGUAAGUUCAGUGGAAAUAAGGGGAGAAGGAACAGAGAACGUGCAGGAAAGAACAAAGAGAGCUGUAAAAGUCCCCCUAGAGGAAAAUCCUAACGCUGAUGUUCGCAUAUCCCUUAAUAUGAUAAACAAACAAAUGAAUGAAUCAAAAGAUAAUAAAUGGCAAGGAAAAGGAAUAUCUCAUAAGAGGUAUCAAAAGGAACAGAUACCUUUUGAAUACUCAUUAAGGAGAUAUAAUAAUUUUGAUAAUUCAGAGCCAAAAUAUGUUCAUCCGUAUUUUGUUCCCUGGUCGAAUGGUAGUUAUGAAAAUGUUGAGAAGACAGGAAACAACCAUGUAGCACAGAUAAAGCGGAAUGGCAAUAUAAACGUGAGCUAUAAAAACAGAAAUUAUAAUGAAAAAGGAGAGGGGAAAAAAAAGCUCCAUUAUGAAUACUGCAACACUGGUUAUAUGGAUGGUCAUGAACUCAUAAACAGGGGAAAUAAUGCCAGGUCAAUUCAAAGUUCCAUAGAAAAGGAAAUUUUGGAAAAAAAAAAUAAAAUUAGCUGCAGUAAUAACAAGACCGGUAAUAGCGAUAUACACAGUAAUAACGAUAGAUGCAGUAAUAAUGAUAGACGCAGUAAUAAUGAUAGACGCAGUAAUAACAACAGCAUGAGUAAUAACGAUAGACGAAACAGUAACAAAAACGUUGAAAUGAUUAGAGUAAAGACUACCAUUAGUGGACCUAAGGAAACUCUCAUCCCAUGUAUUAACUAUGACACAAAUAAUUAUAAUAUUAAAUUAGGGUGGUGGGAUUUCGGGGAGAAGUUUAAGCUACUUUCUAAUAUUGAAAAAUGUAAAGAAAAUAUUAAAGAAAAAUAUUACAAAAAUAGAAAUAAUUGUAAAAAUAGAUCAUUAACUACAUCAACUAACAAGUAUUUUACAAAAUUUCUACCAAAUGAAUAUCUGUACGUGCCCGUAACUAACAAUAAUAUUUUUAAGAGUAAAAAUUCGCUUAAAAUUAAGAGUAAUGCUGUAAGUGACUUUCAAAAAUUAAAUUUGAGACCUAUAACAGGUUUUAUACAAUCAUAUAAAAAAGAAAAACAAAGACAGAGUAAAGUACCCCGUGCUGUAAUUAAACUAUCCAGAAUCCCUUAUGUUACUAGUGAUUAUAGUAGGCGUCGAUAUGAGGAAAAACCUGAAGGAAGGCGAGGGUUAAGUAUGGGACAGGUAAAACUCCUAUCAGAUGCACAAGGGUCGAAUUUACGUAAUUCUUCCGGAUUCCUCGCUAAGAUAUCGAAGAAAUUAAGAGGGAGCCACAACAGUAAUUGCAAUAAUAACAGCAGUAAUAAUUGCAGUAAUGAUAACAGAAAUUGUAACUAUCAUUAUAGUUCUAGUGUUAGAGGUAGUGAUAGCGGUAGGGGUAGUGAUAGCGGUAGGGGUAGUGAUAGCGGUAGAGGUAGUGAUAGUGAUAAUAAUAAUAAUGACAAGGAUCCUCAUUAUUUUGGGAGGCACGAAUCUGAGUCCAAAGAUAUACUCUUUAAAUGCCGAGCGAAGCAAACACACGCACUGUCAAGCGAUCACAUAUACAAAAAAAAAAUGAAAAAUAAGAAUAAAAACAUGAUCGUGAAUCCACGGUUGAAUAAUAUUAUAUACGAUAUUAAUAGAGAAAAAUACUGUUCUAAUAAAUAUGAAGAAACACCUAAAAACUUUCAAAAAUAUAAGAAAAUGUUGGGCAAUGAAUCCCAUAUCGAUGGUAGUCUACGCACAAAGAGCAAUGGAAAAAGAACCUCACCCGCUGUCAACAAAUUUUGGAGUUGUCCAAGCGAAGCGAAUCAUUCAGUACAGUCGCUAGAAGCAGAGUCGUUAGAAGCAGAGGCAUUAGAAGCAGAGUCGUUAGAAGCAGAGUCGUUAGAAGCAGAGGCAUUAGAAGCAGAGUCGUUAGAAGCAGAGUCGUUAGAAGCAGAGGCAUUAGAAGCAGAGUCGUUAGAAGCAGAGUCGUUAGAAGCAGAGUCGUUAGAAACGGAGUUGUUAGAAACCAAAUCGUUAGAAGCCGGGUCCACUUCAAGCGAAGGAGAUAAAUGUUCACUUCGUAACAAAAAUUCAAAAGAAUUAACUAAAAAGUUCAAUAAGGAAAAUAAAAACAAGAAAGAGGAAGAACGCUUGAAUGAAAAAAUAUGUAACCCCACUUCAUCAUACUAUAGGAUGAUACACAAAGAAGGAAGAAAUAUGCAUAAUAACAACAUUUCAUAUAGCAUAUCUUCAUUAAGUAGUCAAAGUGAAUCAUCGCUGAUUAACAGAAUCAAACGUUACGACGAAAUGGGACCUAAUGAGCAAAUUAACGAACGUGACGUAUUUAUUAGGUAUGAAGAAGAUAAUCAGAUUCCGAAAAUUAAAACUGCUGUAAAUUGUAAAGGCAUACAUUUAAAGAAUAAAAAAUAUUGCGCUGCUUGCAUUCCCAAGGAUAGCACAGAAUACUGUAACAUGUCCGGAGGGGAUUAUAUAAAUAAGGAUGCAGCAAAGAGUGAAAGAGUAAGCAGUGGAAGAGUAAACAGUGAGAGUAUAUGCAACGAACGUAUAAACAUUAUAAAUAAUGAGAAUGAAAAUAGUGAAAAUAUAAACAGUGAGGGGGCAAACAAUGAAUACACAAAUAGUGAAUACAACUUAACUCAAAAUUAUCCUCAAAUAAACCGCAAUACCAGUUUAAAUGAAAAUUAUAAUAAUUACCCAGAUGAAGGGAUCUCGGAAGAAGAAAUAUGUAAGAGAUCUUCUGCUUCUAUCAGUGAAAAACAGAAGGAUUACUUAAAAAAUACUAGUUAUAAUGAACAUAAAAAAUAUGGUUGUAAUACGUUUCAGCAUAAAUUAGGUCAUACUAAUAAUAAUCAGUACAUGGAAGCACGAAAUAAAAGAAGCCAGCAUUAUGAAGCACAAGAUAAGAACAAGUACGACAAAGAUUAUUUGGAAAAGGAAUAUGAUGCAUAUUUUUAUGAUAGUCAUUAA